AUGCAGCCGCAUUCUCACAUCACCAACUGCAGCUGCGGCUGCGGCAUCCCGCCGGUUGGCCCCUUCUGCGCUGCUAAAAGGACCAUGACAGUCCCUCAGCUGAAAGAGGCUUUAUUUGAGGGCGCAAUGUGUGGAAUCGAGUACCGCCGACAAGCAAGUGGUAUGAUUUGUUCGGUCUUGUUUCGAGACGAUCCCCGCAAGCUUGCCAGAGCUCAGCUGAAAUCUAGCCUUAUCUGA